AUGUUCUCUACUAACAGCAUGCGCCUGGCGCAGUUAAAGAUUCGGAGAAAGAAGAAUGUCAAGAAAGGAAUUCAGUUUUGCCUGAUGGUUUGUGGUGCAAGUGGAACUGGCCGAACCACCUUUGUCAACACCCUUUGUGGCAAGCGAGUCCUUCAGCCCAAAGACGCCGACGAUGCAGCCAAUGCUCACCUAGAGGAAGGCGUAAGAAUCAAGCCGGUUACUGUUGAGUUGGAACUGGACGAAGAAGGCACACGUGUAUCACUCACCAUCGUGGACACCCCGGGCUUCGGUGACCAGAUUGAUAACGAGUCCGCUUUCGGCGAAAUUGUUGGGUACUUGGAGCGACAGUACGACGAUAUCUUGGCUGAGGAAUCUCGUAUCAAGAGAAAUCCUCGAUUCCGAGACAAUCGCGUGCAUGCCCUGCUUUACUUCAUCACCCCAACAGGUCAUGGCCUCCGCGAGCUUGACAUUGAAUUGAUGAAGCGCCUCUCCCCCCGCGUCAAUGUCAUCCCCGUCAUCGGAAAAGCUGAUUCAUUGACCCCGGCCGAACUGGCCGAGUCUAAGAAGUUGGUCAUGGAAGAUAUUGAACACUACCGGAUUCCUGUCUACAACUUUCCUUAUGACAUCGAAGAGGAUGAUGAGGACACGGUAGAGGAAAACGCAGAGCUGCGUGGCUUAAUGCCGUUCGCCAUUGUUGGUUCAGAAGAUGUGAUAGAGAUUGGCGGACGCCGGGUUCGUGCACGACAGUACCCAUGGGGUAUUGUCGAAGUCGACAACCCGCGCCACUCGGAUUUCCUAGCCAUUCGCAGCGCGCUCCUGCACUCGCACCUUGCCGAUCUCAAAGAAAUCACCCACGACUUCCUGUACGAAAACUACCGAACAGAGAAACUCAGCAAGAGCGUGGACGGUGGUGUCUCUGCUCAAGACUCGUCUAUCAAUCCCGAAGACCUGGCCAACCAAUCCGUUCGCCUGAAGGAAGAACAGCUGCGACGUGAAGAGGAGAAGCUACGGGAGAUUGAGGUCAAGGUUCAGCGAGAGAUCAAUGAGAAACGACAGGAGCUGCUGGCACGGGAGAGUCAACUGCGUGAGAUAGAGGCUCGCAUGCAGCGUGAGCAGAGCCAGGGCUUGGAUGACCUGAACGGUCACGGGCACCAAGACGCAUAG